AUGUCAAAUUUGUCAUUUAUUCAUUAUUGCCAUUUGCAGUAGGUGUAAAGUGCUUAUCGAAUUCAUUGUAAAGUAAAAAACUUUUUAUAAUGGUGGAUCGUUUAGUUAAUAGUGAAGCUAAUGCAAGGAGAAUUGCUAUGGUGGAAAACUGCUUCGGGAGUUCGGGACAGCCUUUAGCAGAGCAAGGAAGAGUCUUGGUUGGUGAAGGUGUCUUGACAAAAAUGUGCAGAAAAAAGCCUAAAGCCAGACAAUUCUUUUUAUUCAAUGACAUUCUAGUGUAUGGAAAUAUUGUGAUAAACAAAAAAAAAUAUAAUAAACAGCAUGUUAUUCCAUUGGAAGAAGUAAAACUGGAGUCACUUAAAGAUGAAGGCCAAUACCGCAACGGGUGGUUAAUACGCACAGCAUCAAAGUCAUUUGCAGUGUACGCUGCCACUGCGACAGAAAAAGAAGAAUGGAUGGCUCACAUAGAAAAAUGUAUUGAGGACCUUUUAAGGAAGAGUGGCAAGCAGCCGCCUUCGGAGCACGCGGCGGUCUGGGUGCCGGACAACGAAGCGGCCAUUUGCAUGCACUGUAAGAAGACGCAGUUCACCGUUCUCAACAGACGGCAUCACUGUCGCAAGUGCGGAGCCGUGGUCUGCGGGCCUUGCUCGUCGAAGCGCUUCGUGCUGCGCACUCAGAGCGAGAAGCCGCUCCGCGUCUGCCUGCACUGCUACGACCGGCUCACCAGGGACAAGGCCCGGACCCCUCGGCCCCUUCCGCCCGCCGCCGUCGCGAAGGGCGCCGGAGACGCGACGGGCUCCGGCGGGGAGUCUUCGCAGGACGACGACAGCGACGACGAGGACGAGAGACCGGCCGUCGAGGACAAACACGACGAGGGCUUUACGAGCUAUAACGCGGUCAAAAACGGAUUCGGAACCAGAGUGACGACCGUUUAGCACAAAGUAAUAUUGUCCAAAAUUCUACAGUGACGGCGAAAAGACUGAGGAUACCGAAAACCACGCGUCCAAGGAUUCGACCGAUUCGACCAAAUGAACGGAACGGACCGACGUUGCCCGCCCGGCCUAUAGGUUGUUAUGAGAGUGUAUCCGGACGAUGUGUAUAUCGCUUUGUGAGGGGCAUUCGACAUUUAUAGGCGACGCCGCAGACUCUCGACACAGAGGCCUUCAAAUGUAUAGGGAAUUAGGAAUAUGAUUAAAAUAAUUUUUGAAUUUUUUCGUAAAUACCUCUUUUUAUAUAAAUAUUAAUACUUUAACACUUACACCUAUUUACAAUCCUUUUAAAAUGUCUUCAUUUAUUCAGAUUUUUCUCUUUUUAGCGAGAGUUUUUUAAUGGUAAACCGUGGGACGCAGCCUCGUGUCACGAUCGAUACGAAUUAGCUUUAGGCGUGUUAUUUCAAAGCAUAUUAUAUUAUAAUAGUUUAUAUUUUGAUACUAAAUUGUUGAAUUUUCCGAAACAUUUAGUUACGUAAGCGGUUUAUGAUGAAAUAUUUAAUUACAAUUAUCCAAAAUAGUACAAAUUUUUUCAAAUCGUGUCUCGUGUAGAGAGUAGUAGAAGAGACAUUUGAGGCGAAGAUGAAUAACUAAAAGUGAAAUGCGAGGAACAUAAACCGAUUAUGUAUUAUAUUAUGUAUGUUAGAAAUUAGCUUAAGUGGUCGUCGGAUUUCCGAAUCGGAGGUGAGUAGGAUAACUAUACAGUUAAGUUAUUUAUGAUAAUGGUUUAAGGCCUAAUGUUAAAGUUCUGUUUUGUUUUCAAAAUGAAACAACAUAUUAUUAGUUUUGGUUGACAAAUAUACGAGAAUAUUUUUAA